AUGUUCAACUGGGCAAAGCAGCAGUUGGCGAACGUCGCCGGCACACAGGAGCCCAUCUACGGUCCUACUGCCAUCAAGUCGGUUGCCGAAGAAGCGGCAACGGUUCCCGGACUCCACACCACCUGUCAGUUCACCGCAAAGGUCUUCCCGUUAGACAGCGACAAGACGCCCCUCUGGUCGUCUACCCAGCUGUCCAACCCCGAAUUUAGUGAGGAUAAGACAUGCUUCUACGCCGAUAACUGCGCAAUCGAGCUUUCCGAGGAUGGGACUGCCUACACGGUCAAGAGCUUGGCUGACGAAGCUUGUAUUGUCAACAUGACAAUCACUCGUAAAACCCCGGCCAUUCACGCCGGAACAACUGGCACAACCCUCUUCGGUACCGACCUGACAAACCCCUGGGGCUCCGUCAGGCAUGCGUUCUGGCCCAGGUGCACGAGCGAAGGAACAAUCACUACACCGGACGGCGCUAUCGACUUUACUGGGCGGGCCUUCUUCGGACCAACGCACUCGGCGAUUCUCAUGGAAUUCACCACACCACCCUCCUACGGAUCCACAAGCGUUUGUAUCGGCAUUAUUGCCAAGGAAAACGAAAUUUUGAGUGUCAGCUGCGAUAGCACCGUCACACACAUUCAGACGGCUGGGGACCCUGCAACCGAUUGGCCUGCUCCCAGCGAGGCCAAGUAUACUUGGGCCGGCAAGACAAAGGACGGGGCUGAGGUAACGGGCGUUAUUGAGGGAGUGCUCGGACAGAGGCUUGACAGGAUAGACGUCAUGGCCGAGGUUCCUGGAUUUGUGAAGAAGAUUGUCCAGACCGCUGCCGGAACCAAGCCUUAUGUCUACCAGUAUUCCCCGAAAGACAGCUUAGACCUGAAGUUUAAGAUCGGCGAUACAGAGGUGUCUGAGAGCGGUGCACUGUUUGUGGAGGCGACUUUUAUCUCGGAAAAGGUGAUUAAAGACGCGAUUAAGGGAGUCACGCGUCCCGCCAUACGUCGUCUUGCUCGCCGUGGUGGGGUCAAACGGAUCUCUGCCGCUAUCUACGAUGAGGUUCGCUUCGCGUUAGACAUUCGUCUGCGAGCGAUUAUCAAGGAUUGCGUCCACGUGUUGGAGUAUCGAGGCCGAAAGACGGUGACGGUGGCGGAUGUCAUCUUCUCCCUUCGUAGGAUGGGCCGCCCUAUAUAUGGGUUUGACCCUGAUACCUACAUUCCGCCCAAGUCCCGGCCCCAGGUGCCUGCUAGUCCUCGGGGUGCUUAG